AUGGGAUUUUUGAGUGGUGUGCUUAGUAACAUCCACAAGCAUUUAGGGCAGCAUAAAAAUGAAAUAAAUAUUGCAAUUGAAGCACUGAACACCAACAAACACCUUGGUAAAAAAGGUUUUAGUGUUGCGAUUGUGAAGGUGGUAGAAGGGGUGGGGAGGUAUAAUGAUGCUGUCAGAAAUUCCAACAAUCAUGUCAAGAACAAAAUAACAGAUUUCGACAGAGAGAUGAAGAGACUCAAAAAAACGGUAAGUGAAGAUUUAAAAAAUAAUUCUGCUGCAGGUGCUGGAAGAAUUGUGCAGGGAUCCGUGGACUCUGCUGACCAAUUGGUGGAGACAUGCCUUAGCAACGCAAACAAAUUCAAUAAAUCUUUAGACACUGCAAAACAUGAAAACGUGAGAAACGCGAUUAAUGAUUGUAACUCUAUAGUGCGUGAUGAUGUGAAUAAAGCGCGUGCCUGUGUUAAGCUUGAGACGGAGCAGUUCGCUGCUCUGUCGAGUAAGCAGCAGGAAGAUCGAAAGGUGAUGAGGGAGAAAAUAGAGCGUUGUUUGACAGAUCUGGGAACGUGCGUGAAUGAUAGUAUCAAGAAAAAGGUGGCUAAGCUUGUUGAAGACUUGGGUUUGAAGGUGAAAGAAAUUAAGAGGCAGCUUGUCGAAAUACAGGGCAAGUUGGUUGAGUAUAUAAGAGAGUUGACGACGUGGAUUGAUAAAGCGCAGCCUUUGAUUAACUCGGCGUUUGAGAAGGUGAAAGAGAUAUUAGAGGAUAUUAACGACGGCAACUCGGUCAAGAAACCCUCUCUAAUCAAAUCAACCGUCACGCAAAUAGAGGGAGCGGUAGCAAUGCUCAAAGGUGCAGGGGAAGACGCCGGUAAGGUUGUCAAGGAGAAAGUAUCCGCGGCGCUUAAGCAGGUGAAGGAAAUGAACGACGCGCUGAAACAGGAUUUGUAUUCAGUCAAGCAAGAAAUCCAGAAAGCAAUUGUGAAUCAUGUCAAGAAGCAAAUCAAGACGCCGUAUGAUGAGCUAGAGGGGAACGUGAAACAAGAUUUGACGACUUUGAAGGGGAAUAUAAAAAGUGAAGUGAAUGCUAUUGUGCUGAGCUCAAAUGAGUUUUCCGAUCAAUUUACUGCAACGCAACACGCAAUUGAUGCGGCAAUCCAGAAAGUGCACAAUAAGGUAAACAACUUCAAACACCUUAGUAAUUUCAACACAUUUGCAAGCGACUUUGACAGCAGCGUACCCAUGCGUGGGAUCCUCUAG